GCAGCGCGGCACGUCACCACAGUGCCCGUGACGUAGCAUAGUGCGUCACCGCCGUUGACGCUGAAGUCUUCCCACCUUCUCCUCUUAAAUUACCUCCCUCAACCCUUUCCUCCCAAAGCCAAAACAGCAAAACACCACUCAGAUCUCUCUCUCCCUCCCUCUCCAUGCAGAAAGCAAUCCCUUUCAAGGCUUGUAUCCCGGCUAGCUCCGGCCCCCGGCCACCGGCGGUGGAGGGCCAAGGAGGGCCGGAAGGGACGGCGGCCGUGACGGCGACGACGGCGGGUGCAGCAGGCUGCAGCGGCGUGAGGAGGGCGGCGACGGAGAAUGCGGUGAUCGUGAUCGGGCGGCGCGGGUGCUGCAUGUGCCACGUGGCGAAGAGGCUCUUGCUGGGGCUCGGGGUGAACCCCGCGGUGUACGAGAUUGACGACGGUGACGAGGGCGUUGUGAUCAAGGAGUUGAAGAGCAUGAUUAGGGCCGACGACAAGGACCAAAAUGGCGGCGACAGCGAUAAUGACCAGAAGUUGCAGUUUCCGGCAGUUUUCGUCGGCGGGCGGUUGUUUGGAGGGCUGGAGAAGAUGAUGGCCACUCAUAUCUCCGGCGAGUUGGUGCCCAUCUUGAGAGAAGCUGGGGCCUUAUGGCUUUGAAGCAUAUUAUGUACAUGUUCGAUCCCAUCUUUCUAGAAAAAAUUUCUCGAUCAAUGAAUUGAAUUUAUGAUUGGUGUGAAAUAAGACCACACAAGUAUUUUUCCUCUUGUUCAGUUGCUUUGGUAUCUUUCUGCUUAGAUCUUAUACCAGGUUUCGCUCGAGAAUUUUUGGAGAGAGGGACCUAGGAAAUAAUUUGUUUUUUGCCCCCUUUUUAUUUUUGUAAUUAGUCAAUAUAAUUUUCUUUUUGCAA